AUGAGGGUGCGCGCCCUGGGUGCCCGGAGCCUGGAGGACCGGUUGCAGCAGCUCCAGCGCCUCGAGCCCGAACCGCCCCCCCUGAAAGAUCUCAGUUGCCCCUGGAAGAAGCGCACGGAGCUCGUCAGCACCAAAGAGCGCAGAGAGGGGACGUCGCCAGCAGCCGGGCUCACGACAGCGGCCGAGCCCCCGCUUUCCAGCAUCGAAGGCAAAGCAGCGUGCACAGAAGCCUUGCUGCAGAGAAAUGAGGCAGAAAAGCAAAAGGGGCUGCAGGAAGCACAGGUCACUUUGGCCGCUCGGCUGGGGGAAGCAGAGGAGAAGAUCAAAGUGCUCCACGCAGCGCUGAAGGCCACCCAGACGGAGCUGCUGGAGCUGCGGUGUAAAUACGACGAGGAAGCCGCGUCCAAGGCGGAUGAAGUAGCCAUGAUCAUGACGAACCUUGAAAAAGCCAACCAGCGAGCAGAGGCGGCUCAGAGGGAGGUGGAGAGCUUGCGGGAGCAGCUGGCGGCCGUGAAUAGCUCCCUGCGCCUGGCCUGCUGCUCCCCGCCGGGCGCUGCUGGGGACAAAGUGAACUAUUCCAUGUGCUCAGGGUCAAGGCUGGAGGCGGGUCUGGCUAAGCUGGAGGAGAAGCUGCAGGCACAGGCGGACUACGAGGAGAUCAAAACGGAGCUGAGCAUCCUGAAGGCGAUGAAGGUGGCCUCCGCCAGCUGCAGCCUCCCCCAGGCAAAGGAGGAUCACUCCGAAGAUGACGUGGCCCCUGACGGCCCACGGACUUUCUCGCUGUCCCCCUUCCCAGGGGGCGAGCGACUUCCGGGCGACCCCAAGCCCCCCCACCUCCCGCCACCUGCCGGAGGGGGACCAUCCUUACCUUCCACCUUCUUCGGGGCCAAAAGCAGCACCACGGCCCCUGGCACUGCACCAGCCACCAGCCCGCCCGGCGAGCCAUCCGAGGGCAGCGCCGGCAGCUCCGCCGACGAGGAGCAGCUGGGGCCCAAGCCCUGGCGCAAGCUGACGGUGAAGGGCAAGGAGCCGUUCAUCAAGAUGAAGCAGUUCCUCUCCGACGAGCAGAACGUGCUGGCCCUGAGGACUAUCCAGGUGCGCCAGAGAGGUAGCAUCACGCCGCGGAUCAGGACGCCAGAGACCGGCUCCGACGACGCCAUCAAAAGCAUCCUGGAGCAGGCGAAGAAGGAGAUCGAGUCGCAGAAGGGAGAGAUUUGGGGGGAAACACUGCUGACGCGGCAGGGCAAGGAGAAGUUGGCCAAAAACGGCAUCUGCCAGAGGAUCUUCGGAGAGAAGGUUCUCGGGCUGUCCCAGGGCAGCGUGAGUGACAUGCUGUCGCGACCCAAGCCAUGGAGCAAGCUGACGCAGAAGGGUCGGGAGCCUUUCAUCCGCAUGCAGCUCUGGCUCACCGACCAGCUGGGCCAAGGCAUCAGCCAGCAGUGCCGUGGGUGCUUCUGCCUCCACCCCCUGCAUCCCAGCGAGCCACUCACCUUGGCUUUGGAGAGCAGCAAAGAAAACCAGCAGCCCGAGAGCCGGUCAACACCUGCGCUGGGUGGGAAGACGUACCCCAACAGCCAAGGACCCGUGGGCAUCCAGGAGAUCGUUGCCAUGUCCCCGGAGCUGGACACCUACUCCAUCACCAAGAAGGUCAAGGAGGUCUUGACGGACAACAAUUUAGGCCAGCGGCUGUUUGGGGAGAGCAUCCUGGGCCUGACGCAGGGCUCGGUGUCCGAUCUCCUCUCCAGGCCUAAGCCAUGGCACAAACUGAGCCUGAAGGGGAGGGAGCCCUUCGUCCGCAUGCAGCUCUGGCUCAACGACCCGCACAACGUGGAGAAGCUGCGUGACAUGAAGAAGCUGGAGAAGAAAGGUGAGGGCGAUGCAGCUCUGGAGAAGGAAGCCCUGAAGAAAGCAUACCAGCUGGAGCCCUACCCCUCCCAGCAGACCACCGAGCUGCUCUCCUUCCAGCUCAACCUCAAGACCAACACCGUCAUCAACUGGUUCCACAACUACAGGUCGCGGAUGCGGCGGGAGAUGUUGGUGGAGGGCACACAGGACAACGACACAGACCCAGAGCAGAGCGGUGGGGCGACUGUGCCUGGGCGCCGGGCCCCCCAGAGCCCUGAUUCGGACGCCGAGGACCGUAAACCCAU